GGUCACCAACAUGACUAUACUUGGUGAUCCAAGAAAGGAAAAAAAAUUACUGGGCCAAGAACUGGUGCCUUUGAUAAACUUACUCGAUGUAAACAAGAGAGCAGAAAACAUUCAAAGAAGUGACCAAGAUGUUUGUUUCAGUGUUACUGUUGACAUGGACCUGUAUAUCCCUGGCAGAGGCUGGACCAGAAUGCUAUCAAUGUACAGCUAUCAGCGACCCACAGCUGUGUACACAGAAAGUUUAUUGCGGAUUUGAAGAACAAUGCUAUACAGAAAGAAUACAGUUAGGGUCACAUGGUUUUUACUAUAAUAUGGGAUGCAUAGCAACCAAUUUGUGCUACUCAAUAGACAACAAUGACGUAUUAGUAGGGAAACGAUUUGAUCUCGCAGACCAGGCGACGAGCAGAAGGAAGAGAGACCCUGCUUGUAAACAAUGCUGUCGAGAGGAGCUGUGUAAUCUCCCUUUAUGUUCUCUUCCAGCUGAUACUGCCACCAUUCCGCCUGCUGCUGAUAUUUAUGCAAGACUUCUAGGCGGGAAAACGCCUUACGAGGGGACUGUCGAAGUGUUUUACGGAGGGAGGUGGGGCGCCAUUUGUAAUGACGACUGGACUCAUUACGACGCUCAAGUGUUCUGUAAUAUGUUAGGAUAUACAGGAGAUGGCGCCAGGGCAAAGAACGGAAGUGUUAUCAAUUCAGACCAAUCCAAAGUUUGGAGAGAUCAAUUUGAAUGUCGCGGGAUCGAGUCCGGCCUAGCCCAGUGUGUACACGGGACCUGGGAAAUGAGAGACUGUGAAAACAGACAGAUAGCUGGAGCAAUAUGUUCCUCAGAAUCUGCAGACGAUGGCUCAAUUUUUCUACUAGACUCUGCCAACAAUACCAUGGCCAGGAUGGAUCUAAAGACGAAGUCGUUUACAUAUAUUCCCAUGUUGGGUCUCUACAAUCCCGGACCUUUUGACUUCGACCCUGUACAGGGCAGGAUUUAUUUCGCUGACCAAACUUACAAACAGAUUAACAGUAUGAAGUCCGACGGAACAGACAUCGUCAACUUUAGACAGUUGGAACAAAAUUCCAGUCCAGGUAAAACGAAGGUGGACCCAAUCAACAGGAUGCUGUUCUAUACAGACUACGGUCUGAAUGUUAUUGCUUCUGUAAAUCUUGACGGGAGCCAUUUUCAGAACGUCAUAUCAUCAGGGCUGGACUCUCCGAGGGGAUUAACUCUAAAUCCUAAAACCAGAACAAUCUUUUGGACAGACUGGGGACAGAAUCCACGAAUAGAGUCUGCUAGCUACGAUGGCACCAACAGACAGGUUUUAAUAAGCACAGAUAUAAGGUGGCCCAAUUCCAUCGCCAUUGACUUAGACAAUAAUCGGCUCUAUUAUGUUGACGGUACACUUGGGAAGAUUGAAAGUUCGGAUCUUUCUGGAAAUGACAGACAAAUUCUAUUCAGGGACAACGGGGCACAUUUCUAUGGUAUUGACGUGUUUGGAGGCUACAUCUACUACACUGACUGGGCAAGAAGCAUGCCAAUGAGACUGAACAAAGACGGCACCGGACUUACAUCUCUCGGAGCCCCAAGCUUUCUGCAGCUCUCAGACAUUAAAGUUUAUCAAUAUAACAAGGACACGUCAGGGGAAGCAACCGUGUCUCCCUCAGUCUUGUCUCCCAAACAAACUUUUCUUCAUCUGGUCGGAGACGUGGACUCUACUACGGGACGAGUGGACAUUUACAUCAAUGGUCAGUGGGGGACAGUGUGUGCAGACAAAUGGACGGAUAAUGAGGCCAUGGUGGCCUGUCACAUGCUCGGUUUUGACAGGUCACUAGCAAAGGCCUCCAAACUUCCCCCAACAUCAAACAAAGUUGGCUCAAAUUCAUUGGACAGUGUCCAGUGCAACGGGACAGAGGAUAAUAUUGUGUUCUGUAAUGUCAGUGCACAGAACUGGGCAGUCCAUGACUGCUCUUACGAAGGGGCUGCAGGCUUAGAGUGUGAGAACCUUCCUCCUCAUGAAAUGCCAGAACCAGUGCUUGACCACUUUAUACUUUUCAAUGACGUCUUUGAGGGUGUCAUGGUCAGAAUGGACAUUGAGACAUUCAGUUAUACGACUGUACCACUUCAGUUAACGAACUUCACGCCUAUAGCCUUAACCUUUGACCCCACACUACAACAGAUAUACUUCUCUGAAGUGAAAAACCAAACGUCUGUUAUACGGCAGACUGACCUGAGAGGUGCCUGGGUGUCCACAUUAGGGUAUACACCUCAAGGUAGCGUUAUUGAUGGAAUGGCUUUUGACAACAAGCGGAACAUGAUCUUCUACACUGAUGCUGGAAACAAUCGUAUAGUCUCCAUAUCACCGGAUGGUUCGAAUCUUAAUGUAGUUGGCUUCAACAUAGAGCAGCCUAAAGGACUAGCUCUAGACACCAACGCUGCAGUCGUUUAUUGGACGGACUGCGGCAGCCAGGCGAAAAUCGAAAGCGCUAACUACGAUGGUACUAACAGGCGAACAAUUCUUGCUGAAGAUCUUCAAUUCCCGUACGGCAUUGCGUUAGAUGUUGCAGCUGGGCAGCUCUACUUCUGUGACGCUGGCACCAAGACCAUUGAAGUUGUCAACAUAGAUGGUACAAGACGAAAGAUGUUAUAUAAAGACUUCAGAUCUGCAUGUUACGGCCUGGCACUGACAUCGCAAUACAUCUUUUAUAGUGAUUGGACUAAAAUGAAUGUCGUGCGUAUCAAUCGGGAUGGUAGCAACCAGACACCGGCUGGACCAGACAGUUUUAGCCAAGUCUUUGAUGUCUACGCUUUUGACUCUACGUUUACAAAGACAUAAAAAAAUAACUCUAAAUUAUUGAAUUUUUAUUAGAAGGUUAAGAUCACACAAUACAAUAAAAAUGUACACAAUGUGUGCCAAAAAUU